CAGUAGCCUAGCCUGAACAUGCAUUCCAGCUAGUCUAAAUAUAUCUGGAGUUUCGGCUGCAAGGAGAGUGAGUGGGUACGGGGCGAAACCCUAAGCGGCUAAGAAGCUUCGCAGAUUGAACCGCUGUAAAGAAAGGACUUGUUUUGCGCUUUUAAAAAAAAAUGAGCGGAUACAUUAAAGACACGAAGUGGGAAAAAUCCAAAAUGCCUGCGCAUCAAAGCAGAUCCAGGACGAGGGAUCGGGGCAACGUCCUGAACCGACCGGAGUUCAUGUCACUAAACCAGCCCCUACGGACCAGUAACGCUGAGGUUCGGGGUUUAACGCGGCGGCCGGGCCAGAUGAAACACCAGCCAAGCCAGCAGCCAGAAUAUACGCAAGAGUCCACGGAGAGUGGCAAGGACCGACGAGAGUCUUUGAAAUUGCCAGAAGAAGACUGCAUGCAGCUUAACCCUUCUUUCAAAGGGAUAGCGAUGAACUCUCUUUUAGCCAUCGACAUAUGCCUAUCCAAACGGCUGGGUGUCUGCGCCUAUACGUCCUCUCCUUGGGGAAGCGUGCGCUCCAUGGUCACCCUGCUCGCCCUAACCGGGCACGGAAUCACGUGGAUCUGCGGCACGCUGUUAUGUCUCACAAGGAGCAACACUUUGGCAGGACAAGAGGUCUUGGUCAAUCUGCUUCUUGCUCUGAUACUGGACGUGAUGACGGUGGCGGGGGUGCAGAAGCUGGUGAAGCGCAAAGGACCGUGGGAGAUGAGCCCAGGCUUCCUGGACUACGUCGCCAUGGACGUGUACUCGUUCCCGGCGGCGCACGCCAGCCGCGCCGCCAUGGUGGCCAAGUUCCUGCUGUCGCACCUGGUGCUGGCCGUGCCCCUGCGGAUUCUGCUGGUGCUCUGGGCCUUCCUGGUGGGCAUGUCGCGGGUCAUGCUCGGCCGGCACCACCUGACCGACAUGGCCUGCGGCUUCGCCCUGGGCUUCCUCCACUACAGCCUGGUGGAGAUGGUCUGGCUCUCCUCCAGUGCCUGCCAGACUCUCAUAUCCAUCGGAACUCUCAGCUGGAGCCCCUUCUACUGACACGCCCCCUUCCCCCUCCCCUGUGAAGCCCCGCCCACCCUUCGCCACAUCUUCCUCUUUUCUCGAACCUGCUCCACCUCCUCUUCUCUCGGUCGCACUUCCUGUUUCGCUCCCUCUUCCUGUACUGUUGUGAUUCUCUACACAAUUAGUUGUGUGCUCACUGACCUGCUUUUGAUCAUAAUUAACCUUAUUAAAAUUUGUUCCGUUGCAGGAAACACUGUUAUUUUUUUGCAUACUGUAAGUGAAAAAUUGCAGGUGUAAAAAGGGAGGGCACUGUGGAGCGGUUCAUUAGUCUAUUCCUGGCACUGAGUCCACUGGCCUGAACUCAGUGCUUUUUAGAAAUGUGUGAUGCAGUUUAUCUUUUUUCUGCCUUUUUCCUGCCUUCUCUGCUUAUUUUGUAAGCAUAGUACCAACGGUGAUACUGUUUUUCCCACCGAACAGCAUCACACCUUCAAAUACUGAAAAUGUUCUCUGAAAGCUGUAUGGUUUUUGUUGGUUGUGACUUUUUGUGAAUUUGACAGUUGGUGUAGCCAGUAUUGAUUGUACUUUGAAAAAGGGAUCAGGGGUUUUGUUUUGUUAUAGAAGCCCUCAGCUCAGUUUUAUAAUUGAUUUUGAGACUACAGUGCUUUGUCCCCUAACAUUUUUAAAUUGAAUUUCUAUUGUUUUUUUUGUCAGCACUUGUCCAGUUUUCUCUACAGUUUAAAGUAUCACUGGCUAAUGGAGAUACAAUACCCUGACAAUAUAAAAGUGGCCUGUUCUUUUGUUCAUACUAAAACAAAGCCGCUGCUGUCACUGUUGAUAUGGCAAAAUCUUCAAAAAGAUUUUCACACCAAACUAUGCUUUCUUUUCUUUUAAGAUGAAAAGGUCACAGAGAUGAAUAAUGUACAGGUUCUUAUGUAGUCAAUACAGAACACAC